AUGGCACCGAGAAAAGGGAGUCUGGAAGCAGCCUUCGCGCGGAAGGAGAAAGUUGAGUCAUUGACAACACCACCCAGCAAGCAAAGUCAAGCCCCUGCUGAAGAAGCAGAUGGCACUCCAGAAGCCCCCGCCAAGCGGAGGCGGCUCGAAAAAGGAGUGCCUCAGACGACUCCCACCAAGUCGAAGGAGACGGACAAAGUGCUUGAGAAGUUACCAGAGGUGACGGCAUCUCACCAGGGUGAAACCGGUCCGUGGUCGCUUUGGCACGGUAGCGGGGGUGCUGGAAAGAAGGCGAAGGAGUUGCAAUCUCCGGCUUUUGAUCCGAAGCUUCGCGAAGACGAGUUCCCCGUUGGAAAGCCGGUCAGCUUGUCCCUGCUUUCCGGAGCUUUGCUGGAGAUAGAGGAGCUAAAGGGAAGCGGGAAGGGUUCGCGCAAGACGAUGACGGUCAUCCUGAGCAACUUGUUUCGGCUUCUGAUGCACGUGCAGCCACAGGAUAUCAUUGCGACAGUUUACAUCCUCAUCAACAAGGUUGCACCGGAUUACGAGGCAGCAGAACUGGGCGUUGGUGACUCCAUAAUCAUCAAAGCGCUUUGUGAAAACUUUGGUCGGUCGGAGGCCACUAUCAAGCAUGCUUUGGCAUCUGGGGAGGCGAAGGAUCUCGGGGAGGUGGCGCUACAGAGCCGCAUGUCGCAAAAGAUGUUGAUGAUGCCACCAAAGCUGACAAUUGCCAAGGUCUUCAGCGAGAUGAAGGCAAUUGCUCACUCAGCAGGCAAAGAGUCUCAAAAGGCCAAGAAGGAGAAGAUUCAGAAGCUCCUGGUGGCCUCAAGAGGAGAGGAGGCAAAGUUCAUCGUGCGCAUGCUGCAAGCGAAGCUGCGAAUCGGAAUUCAAAUACCAACACUUCUUCAGGCUCUGGCUUACGCCUUCACGCUCACGAAGCCCGGAAAGUCUUGCGGACCUGCGGCUGUGACCGACAGGAGACAUGGCCAGGCCAAGCUGUCCGCAGCGGAACUGGAGCCACAGAUGAUUUCUAUGGAGGCCGCGGUACGACAAGCCUUCAGCGAGAUGCCGAACUUUGACAAGCUGGUGGCAGCUCUCAUGGAGGGCCGAGACGGAAGCUCGCUGCUCCAAGUUUGCAGCAUCUCUGUCGGAGUUCCAGUGAAGCCAAUGCUGGCCAAACCUUCCAAGGGCAUAGCCGAGGUCGGUGAGAGGCUGUCGGGAAAGCGAUUUACCGGUGAGUGGAAAUACGACGGCGAGCGGGCUCAAAUCCAUGUCCUGUCCAAGGACGUCAUCCAGAUCUACAGCCGGAACUCUGAGAACAUGACGGAGAAGUACCCCGAUGUCAUCGAGGUAGUCAAGCAAUCGCUUUCAGAGGACGUCCAAAGCUGCAUCAUCGACAGCGAACUGGUAGCCUUCGACCAGGUCAACAGGAAGAUUUUGCCCUUUCAGGUGCUGACGACAAGAGGCCGCAAAAACAUUACUGUGGAGGACAUCAAGGUCAAUGUCUGUCUCUUUGCCUUUGACUGCAUGCUGGUGAACGGACAACCUCUGGUCAAGGAGCCACUGGAAAUCAGGAGGGAGAAGCUGUGGAGCAUCCUGUCGCCUGCUGAGGGCAAGGUCACCUUUGCAGUGUAUCGAAACUUCAACGAAAUCAACGAGGAGGAGAUUCAGGCGUUUUUGGAUGAAUCAAUUGCGGGAUCGUGCGAGGGAUUGAUGCUAAAGACCCUGACCGAGAAUGCAACAUACGAGCCAUCCAAGAGGUCGCUCAACUGGCUGAAGUUGAAGAAGGACUACCUCGAAGGAAUGGCUGACAGCAUCGAUGUGGUGCCGAUAGGGGCCUACUACGGGAAGGGCAAGCGAUCUGGAGCUUACGGCGCAUACCUCCUUGCAAUUUACGAUCAGGAGAACGAAGAAUUCCAGACUGUGUGCAAAGCGGGCACUGGCUUCUCUGACGAGGACUUGACAACACACUACAGCUUCUUCAAGAACCACCAGCGUCCAUGUGCAGAGACCAAUUACAACGUGAACGACAAGCUGAAGCCAGACGUUUGGCUGGAGCCCUGUCAGGUUUGGGAGAUCAGAGCGGCGGAUUUGAGUAUCUCGCCCGUGCACACGAGCGCUUUCGGCGUGAAGGCUGAUGGAAAAGGAAUUGGUCUUCGAUUUCCGCGUUUCCUUCGAAUCCGCGAUGACAAGACUCCGGAGGAGUCAACCGGAUCCGAGCAGAUUGUCGAUAUGUUCGAGGCGCAGGCUUCCGUUUCGGGCACUGCAGCCCCAAAACAGAGAUUCAGAUCAAUUUCAAGGCUGGAAGGGCUCCAAGUCGCCGGGGGAUUGUACAGUCGUGUGAAAGACGCGAAGUCCGUUUGCCUUGAUCUUGAGCCUCAUCGGUUCGUCGUUAGAUGUUGGCAGAUGCUGGCCAUUCAAGCAGAAGAGAUUGAAGAACCAGAACCCGAAUCGGAAGACCGCGUGCAGGAGGAUUCGGCUACGGCAGCCGCGGCUAAUGCUUACUCACAGCCGAAGCAAGUCAAGCUGCCAGGUCCUCCGGUGGAAGCGAAGAGCGAAGCCAACAGCGGUCUCAUUGAUCACCCGUUCAUGGGAGACGGCCGCGGGCUAUUAGCUGAGACAGCCGGUACCAUGCCGGACAGGAUUCAUCGCGCGGUUCCUUCGAGGUCCAGUGUUCGCAGCAGCUUACGGGCCUUUCUGGUCUUUGCGUGCGGACGCCAGAACGAGGCAUUCGUCGUGUGUGCGAUGAGUCAUUAUGUCCCCCUUCCCAAUGUGACCUUCGAGCCGAUCGACUUGGAGUCGGGGCUUGGAGACGUCUUUCGAAGUGUCACUCCGAGCUUCCUCCGAAAGGAGGAGGACCAGGAGGACGAGGAUUUCUGGAAAACAUGCUGCCCAGACAUAACCUACAAGCAGAGAGCUACCGGUUGGGCUGCGUGUUUCGGUCUAGGCUUGCUGCUGCAAGUCUUGAGUCUGGGCUCGCUGUCUCGAGCAAUGCUCGGCCAUCCCAGCCGCUUCGCGCUAACAUACACCCUAGGGAACAUGGUGGCGCUUGUCGGAACCUUUUUCCUGGCCGGACCUAGACGGCAAGUCCGCAAGAUGGCAGACAAGAGCAGGGCAAACACGUCGACAAUCUUCCUGGUGUCAAUGAUUUUGACACUGCUGGGCCUUCAGGUACCGCAUUUCUUUGGUCGUUCGCUGGUUAUCCUGGCCUUAGUUGGCCUACAAUGGGCCUCCCUUGCGUGGUACACGCUUUCCUACAUCCCGUACGGACAGCGGCUCGCGACCACUGUGCUGAAGAAAUGUUUCGGAUGGUGCUGCUUCUGA